AUGAGCGAGGCUGUGUACAUCUGCCGACCCCGGUUCUCGGUGAGUGGCCGUGGGUUCUUUUUGGCUCAAGGAAAAGACCUGUAUUAUCAACAGUUGAAACAUAUAUCUCAAACCAAAGGAGAGAGCAGCGGAGAGUUGGAAGUGUGGAGUGCCGCAAACGACUUAUCGGCGGCGAGAAGUGAAUGUCUCCAUAAAUUCUCCAGUGAUGUACUGGCUAUCGCCGUCUCGCCCAUAGUACCGGAGUGGGGACUUGCGCACGUGCCUGCUGAGCAUCGCGAAGAAACCGCCAAGCUACAGCUCGUCGUUGCCAUUUCUGAGUCGCAGAUUGCGGUCAUCAUUACGGACAUGAAGUGCGAGUUUCAUAAACUGCUUAAAGAUGAGUCGAUAAACUUAACGAGCUCGGAAUCGAGUGGACCCGCGUUCGAAACCAAGACACGGUUCGUCGACUUGUGCAGUAACGCCGCGCACCAUUUUUGUUUGUGGUACCAGAGCCCAACGGCGAGCCAGGCGGUUGCGUCCAGUGCGGAUUUGAAGCAGAAUGCGUUGCAGAUGUUGGUAGUGGAUGCGCAGUCCCUUCUGUCGCCCCAGUUCCGCGAGUUACUCGACAGCCAGGCCUCGACUUGCACGUUGGAUGACGGCUACUUCCCGGUUCAGACGUCGAUGAACUGCGACAGCCUGGCAGUCCUCUCCAUGCGGCACAAGCCGACGCUGCGGCAGCCGGGGAAGCGCAAGCGCUCGGAGAAGGUGUAUGAGCGCAAAGUGCACCUCUUCCGACUGAGCGGCUUCGCCGGGUCAAGCACAACCGGGGCCGCGACCACAAUCACAACGGGGACCAAGACGGCCACGUCGCUAACGGUGGUGGAGUUAACAGACCCGAGUCUGGAGCGGGAGGUGGAGGCGGUGGCGGUGGAUGCGACGGGUGCACGAGUGUGUGUGUGUGAUUCGUGGGGUGCAUUGCACUGGUGGGAGGUGAGUGGUGCGCGCGGUGCAGUUGUCGGAUGCGCGAAGAGUGCACCGCUGUUCGUUGUGGUGCAGAAGACCCGUUCACAUUGGCACAAUGCGCCGGUAUGUGCGUUGGCGUGGAAUUACACGGGUGGGGAGACACUGGCUGGUGGCGAACAGUCACGUCUGGUUGCCUGGGACUUGACGGCGGCUGCGGCCGCGCAACGGCGUAGUUGGCUGCUACCCGACGGACCUUUGCUGCAUCUCACUACUGCCCCUUCCGCACUCCUCGCUACGCCUUUCGACCAUGACCGUCUUCGCAACCGGGUUCUCGCCACCACUGCGACGAACAAAAUUUACUUGGUCGACACCGCCACUGCCGCCGCCCGCCUCGUCCGUGCCGGUCCACCUAUCCCGGUCCUCUACCCACAACGCUUUAGUCUCGCACGUUGGCAACAAAGUGUUGGCGACACCAGUGUCCACACACUCCUCCGCAAUCAGAACUGUGAAACGCUCCAACUUGAUGUGGUACAGGGCGCCAAGAAACAGAGACUUCGCCCGCAACUCUGCCUCAGCCAUCGCUGCUCUACUCGCUGCACCGGACAUGACGCUUCCAUACGCCUCCUUCGAGUCGACGACGAUGCCACCGCUUGUGGUGAUAACACCAGCUAUAUCACCACUAGUCCGGUUGUGACGUGUCUGGACGUGCGUCCGGCGCACACCUGGAGUCGGUUCAACACGGCUGCGGGCACGUUGGUACAAGGUUACCCAAACAUGUUCCGUGUCACGGCAGCGGCUGCGCUCUCCUCGCUUAACAUGAUCGUACUCGCCGGCUGCCUCGGUGCAGAACGCAAAGUCUGCUCCCUCCAGGUCGUGGGCGUCCUCCCCGGCGAAGGCAAACGCACGGUCGCCAACACGACUCUAGUCGCCGAAAUCGCCGUCUUCUCGCCCGCCCUCACCAUGCGCACUCUCCCGGACCAAGAAGAUGCCGUCCAAGUCGCCUUCGAGAAUGGAGACGUGUGUACCUAUAAAGUAGAACCCAUCGAAACGGAACUGAGUUUAGUUUUGAAGGAGAAAAGGAACGUGGGGCAGCAGCGGAUGACUCUGAAGGAAUGGCGUACUCAAUUCGCCGUUCAAUUCAUGGCAUAG